ACAUCGAUUUGUUUUGAUUGGCUUCAAGUUAAAGUCUAUUUCAAGAAGUUAAAAAGAACAAAAAUCUGAACGCAAUGCACCUUUUGCCGUGCCAUAUUCAUGUCUAACUUUUCAUUUUGCAUUUUGCACUAGAAUAGCUGUAUCAACGGGACUUGAUAGCCGAGUCGGAGUAACACAGCAUCUGCACAUACCUGGCAACUCCAAGAAUUGCGGAGAAGAUAGAAAAAAGUUCCCUCCGCAGACAAUGAGCAGAGAUCAUAUUCAUGUAGUGUUGCUGCCUUGGUCAGCAUUUGGGCAUCUUAUGCCUUUUUUCAAGCUUUCUAUAGCCUUAGCCAAAGCUGGAGUUCAUUCUUCACUCAUUUCGACCCCAAAAAACAUUCAAAGGCUCCGCAAACUUCCUCCUGAUGUUACAGGCCUCAUAGACCUGGUGGCAUUUCCCCUGCCAGCCGUUGACAGGAGUUUGUUGCCUGAAGAUGCCGAACCCACAGUAGACGUAUAUUUUGAGAAAAUUCAGUAUCUAAAACUAGCAUAUGAUCUCCUCAAAAACCCAUUCAGGCAAUUCGUUGCACAUCAAUGACCUGACUGGAUCAUCUCAGAUUUGAUCUCCCCCUGGGUGGAUGCAUGGUUCGCCAUCACGGGUCGCGGUCGCGGUCGAGGCAUCGGUUGUUCCACAUCCGUCGCGACAUAUCGGUUGAAUAUUGGGUGAUACGCACAUUAUAACUCAUAAAAGUUUCAAAAAAUUUUGAAAAAAUUACUAAAAUUAGAAAAUACUAAAAAAGAUAUGCCGCAUACAUGAAUCCGCAACUUGCCCCUACUUCCGCGCAAGCAGCUCAAUUAUUGUACUUGCAUUCCCAGAGCUAUUUAGUACUUUUGCUCCCGCUGUUAAAACCUACACUUCUCUAAUUAUUGGAUGAUACACUUGACUUUUCUUCUCUACUGGUUGCAGGUUUUAAAUAAUCACCUGUACAUAUAAUACAUCUAUCUGCUGCUGAAUGUACAAGCAUCACUACAGAAACUUUGUGCUGUUCAAAUCCAUUAACAAAUAGAAGCGCAAGCCAUCAAAUCCCAAAUGAUCAUCCAUUUUCUUAGCAGGUAAAUGUGCUGUUUAUCCAUAGACCAAUUAAGAACGGCAUGAGAAAGGAUUAGGAAAUUUCUGACUCUGCUCAAUGUAGAGCUACCUAUUGUUUUAAGUAACAGAACCGUGACAGAGAGAUGAAAUGCAACCACACAAAAAAACAGAAGGAAAAGGAUGACCUUGUGAUUUGGUUCGACUCUCAAUCUCAUCUCCUUUUCCUGUUUCUCCUUGUAAGGUUUGCAAUUGGCCCUUGAACCAAAAAAGAAAUGCAACCAUAGUAGCAGCAUCCAAUUGAACCAACUACAGCCCACUAAUUAGGUGGUGUCUUAUUUCCUCAUCCUAGUACGAAAUGACUAAUACCUUACUGUUCUGAAGAAAGAAAAAAGAAUCAGUUACUAGUAAAGAAUGUGGACCAAUUGAAGGAAAGAAAGUAGCCCCAUACAGCCACAGACAGCUCACUUGUACACCAUGUAAACUGUAGGUGUCCUUGUCAUGCUCCAAAGGCAGUGCACAUUGUCCAAUUGUCCAGCCAAGACAUUGAAAGUGAGAUUGAAAAAAGAAAAAAGGAAAGAAAAAUCCCAUGACCCCAUUUCCACUCUGGAAUAUGCUUUGCUUGCCUGACUUCUCCUACGCCAACCAGGGCAUACAAUACAUAAAUUGAGAAAGACACGGGGGGGUUGCAGUGAAUUGGCUUGAACCAAAUUCGCUGGCCAAAGGCUCCACCACCCCAUAAUAAACCGAUAUUUGGAGUCUGGGAGUCUUAUUUCUGUACAUUUCGUACCCUCCCAUAUAGUUGCUCUGUCUCAGUGGGGCACUGAUGCAUACCUAUGAUCACGGCGCUUGCUCUGAAGACGCAGUCAAUUCAUGUCUUCACCGACGAGUGUUGGAACAAAGUCUUCCAAUGGCUUGACGAGCAAAGUCACAAAUCAGUGGUUUUUGUUGGAUUUGGGAGCGAGUGCAAGCUGAGCAAUGAUCAAAUCCAUGAGAUAGCAUAUGGGCUGGAACUCUCGGGGCUAUCUUUCGUCUGGGCACUGCAAAAACCGAGCUGGGCGGGGAAUGAAACUGAUGUUCCUUCGGGUUACAGCUCCAGGCUUUCUAGAAAAGGGGUUGUGCACAUUGGGUGGGCACCUCAGAGGGAGAUUUUAGCGCACCCUUCAAUUGGAGGCAGUUUGUUUCACGCCGAGUGGGGUUCCGUGAUUGAGAGCUUGCAAUAUGGGCACUGUCUUGUGGUGUUGCCAUUGAUCCUUGAUCAAGGCCUGAAUGCAAGGUUGGUGGUUGAGCAGGACCUGGCCGUCGAAGUGGAGAGAGGUGAGGAUGGAUCUUUUAGCAAAAAUGAUGUAGCUGAGUCGUUGACACGAGCUAUGGUACCAAAUGAUGGUGGAGGUGGAGGGGAAGCAGCUGCCCUCAGAUCUCGUGCUGCUGAAGCUGCUGCUUUGUUUGGAGAUCAAAAGCUUAAUGACUACUACAUUGAACGAUUUGUGGAGUGCUUGAAGAAUAAUGGGAUUCAAAAGUAGAUGCCAGUUUGCAACUGCUGGAGAAGAUAAGAACAUGCUGGAUUAUGUAUCGACCUUAGAAUCAAUUAGUCGUAUCCUUAAUUUUGAACCAUUGGGCUCUAGUCGAGUGGCUAAGAGCUCUCUGUGCAUUAAAUCAAGGGUUUAAACCCCCUAGUGCAUUAUAGGUAAUCUUUGUGCUUCAUUUCUUAAAAAAUAGUAAUGCACUUGUUUAGUUUAAAGAUUCACUCUUGAAC